AUGACCGGACUCGAUGGAGACAGCAUAGCCCUGACAAGGGACCAACUGGCGGCCCUGAUAGACGCUCGGGUCGCUGAAGCCUUAGCAACCAACCCAGAAGGACCAUCCACAUACACCCAACCCCGAGUUGGCAUCCUCGGGGCGUUCUUGGAAUGCAAACCACACCCCUUCGAUGGCACGGAAGGAGCAAUAGGUCUUUUACAUUGGAUCAGGAGGGUCGAGUCUACGUUCGAAGAAGGUGAAAGCCCAUGUAGCAAACGAGUAGAGUACGCCACUAGCACGUUUCAAGGAAAAGCGUUUUCGUGGUGGAACGCGCAAGUCCAGAUGCUCAGAUUGGCAGAUGCAAAUGCCACACCAUGGGACGAUUUCAAGGACCUAAUCAGGGAAGAAUUCUAUCACAGGGAUGACAUGCAGAAGCUGGAAAUGGAAUACUAUGGGUUAAAGAUGGUUGGCUCGGAGAUCGAAGCGUACACGAAAAGGUCCAAUGACUUGGCUGCAUUGUGUCCUAACUUGUCGCAGCCUCCCUACAAGCGAAUCGCCCUCUACCUUAGGGGCUUAGUUCCAGAAGUCCAGGGUUCAGUGAUUGCAACCAAACCCCUUACAAUCCAGCAAGUCAUCCGUCUAGCACACCAUUUCACAAACCAAGCGGUAGAAGAGGGCAGAUUGCCCAGGCGUGUAACUGCUACAACUAAUGCUUUUGAAUACGGCAAACGCAAGUGGGAUGACUACCAAAGUGGGAGUCCCAGCACCAUAUCACCUCAAGCUCAACAAAGGAGGGUCGUUGGGAGCGAGGGCCCUGACCCGCGAACGGGUGGUUACCAAAGAAAACGACCGAAGUGUGACAAGUGUGGCCGACAUCACAACGGGCCCUGUGCAAGGAACAAGUGUCAGCGGUGUAAUAAGGUGGGGCAUGAGGCCAAGGAUUAUAGGAGCCCUCAUCCCGCAAGGCAGAACCAACCGCAGCAACAACAACAUCAUGGGAACAUCAGGGGCUGUUUCCAGUGUGGAGCCGAGGGGCACAUUAAGAUGAGUUGUCCCCAGAUAAAUCAACAACAACCACAACAGCAGCAAGGAAACAACCGUGGAUGCUACAAAUGUGGAAAAGUUGGGACGUCGUUUCAACUUCUAAAAGCUACUGCCAAGGUCUGCUAUUUAUAG